AUGAUCUUUUCUGGGCCAUCAACUACGUUGGAUCUUCGAGAGGAUCACAACGGCACCAUUGCUAAUAAGAACAGUGCACAAAGUUCAUUUCGUGUUUCUGUGAUUGGCGAUGUACUCAUCUCAGCUGACGCGCUUUCCGUUUUGGAUCUCGGUCCUAGUUUCGCGCCUGUGCAAUCAAUUAGUCCGGAGGUAUCACGCAAGAUUGUGGGCGGCCUCCAAUUGGUUCAUGAUAGGUUGCAAAAGAAGAAGAGCGAAGGCAAGAAAACAGAAUAG